UUGUAGCUUCUUUCUUUAACAAUUUUAUUGAAGAAAUACCAUACUCUAAAUAAUUGUGGCCGGACUAUAACUGGGAGCAGAUACUUUUCGUUCGGUUCCGUGGCGUAAAUUUGUUCCCAUAUAACACUAAUUAAAUUGUGAACUAAGUACUCUAUCUACUUAUUCAUUCUCUCUCUUCCUCUUCUCACAUCCUCUCUUUGAUUUCCCCAUCUUCAGGCUGUUGGGAUUUGUUUCUCUAACAAAGUGAAUCAGAAGGUUUUGACUUUUAUGAAAUUUGGCCAUGGUUGCUGUUACUGGUCAGCCUGCACCUGCCGGGAUGCUGUCAUUAUCCCAUCCCUUGAGUUCCAGUCAUCAUACAGUCUACGUAUCAGUCAUCAAUGUUUCAAGUACUAAGGACACACACAGAUGGAGUCGACAAAGGCGUAAAGCCAGAACAUCAACACUUUCAGCUUUGGUGGAGGCAAAUACAAAAGCAGUGCCUUCUCUGAGUGAAGGGAUUAACGGUAGCAGCCGGGGAAACAAUAAUGCAAUACAGUCUACUGCUGGUGUUACAGGAGCAGGCGGAGUUGCCUUACUUACUGCUGCCGGAAGAAAGAGUCUUGCCGAGGAUAUGCAAGCUGAGGCAAGGGCCAUGGCCAGAGCAGCCUCCGCUUCUACCUACAGUCCUGAAAUGAUUGCUACUAAAUAUGGAUCGCGCCCCUUCACGGUUCUACGUAGGACGUCGGAAAUAUUGUUCGGUUUGGGGUCUUUUGCUUUCACACUACUGCUAGAUGAUUGGAAUGGUCAGCUCAAUAUGAACAAAUCCUUGCGAGCAGAACAAUUGAGGAAGAUUUUCACUCGUUUAGGACCUACUUUCGUCAAAAUUGGCCAGGGUUUAUCAACAAGACCUGAUUUGUGUCCACCUGAGUACCUCGAGGAACUCUCUGAGCUUCAGGAUUCUUUGCCUACAUUUCCCAAUGCGGAGGCAUUCACAUGCAUUGAAAAAGAGCUGGGGUUCCCUCUUGAAGCAGUUUACUCAUCGAUAUCACCAUAUCCGAUUGCAGCCGCUAGUUUGGGCCAGGUUUAUAAAGCUCACUUAAAGUAUUCAGGUCAGACUGUUGCUGUGAAGGUGCAGAGACCUGGUAUUGAAGAGGCCAUAGGACUUGACUUUUUCUUGAUAAGAGGACUGGCUCGUUUUAUAAAUAAAUAUGUUGACAUAAUCACAAGUGAUGUUGUCGCUCUAGUUGAUGAAUUCGCCAGAAGAGUUUAUCAAGAGCUUAAUUAUGUACAGGAGGGUAGAAAUGCAAGAAGAUUUAAGAAAUUGUAUGCUGAUAAGGAAGACGUUUUUGUUCCCGAUAUCUUCUGGGAUUACACCAGCGCUAAAGUUUUAACAAUGGAGUGGGUUGAUGGUGUCAAACUAAAUGAACAAAUUGCAAUCGAAAGGCAGGGGCUGAAGGUAUUAGAUCUUGUUACCACUGGUAUCCAGUGUAGCCUUAGACAGUUACUUGAGUACGGAUACUUUCAUGCCGAUCCACAUCCCGGAAAUCUUUUAGCAACCCCCGAGGGGAAGCUGGCGUUUAUUGAUUUUGGAAUGAUGAGUGAAACACCAGAGCAAGCAAGAUUUGCCAUUAUCGGUCAUGUCGUCCACAUGGUUAAUCGUGAUUAUGAAGCCAUGGCUCAAGAUUAUUAUGCUCUAGAUUUCUUAUCCCCUGAUGUGGACAUUUCCCCCAUUGUCCCUGUACUUCGAGACUUCUUUGAUGGUGCACUCAAUGCUACUGUUAGUGAACUUAACUUCAAAACGCUCGUAGAUGGUCUGGGGGCUGUCUUUUAUCAGUAUCCAUUUAAUGUUCCAGCAUACUAUGCAUUGAUACUGCGGUCGCUUACUGUGCUGGAAGGUUUAGCGCUCUAUGCUGAUCCAAAUUUUAAGGUGUUGGCUGCUUCUUAUCCGUAUUUUGCCAAGAGGCUUCUAACCGAUCCUAAUCCUUAUCUUAGAGAUGCUCUUAUUGAGUUGUUGUUUAAGGAUGGGAAAUUCAGGUGGAAUAGACUUGAAAACCUACUAGUUCAGGGGCGUCAAGACAGGGAUUUUUCCGCAAACGACGCUUUACAACCUGUUCUGAAGCUGUUGUUGGGGCCAGAUGGCGAAGAACUAAGGAUGCUGGUUACAAAGGAAGCUGUACGAGUUACCGAAGCAAUGAUUUUAGGUUCUUUGAUGGAUACAUACUCUUCUUUACCUGAUUUUAUGAAGCCUUUAGUAACAAAUGGCAGUCCGGCUGGCUUUCUAUUGCUAAGUGAUGCUGAACGGCAAAGUAUGUUGGAACUUCGAGAACAAGUACUAAGGAUUUGGGGGCUUCUACGGUCUUCAAAUAACUUUGACCCUUCCCUUUUGCAGCCAAUACUACAGGUUUUGCAACAAAGUGAAGCACGUGAUCUUGGGAGUCGUGUUCUUGGUGGCAUAGCUCAGCGUUUGGCUGCACGUUUUCUGCAGCAAGUCCUGCAGGUCCCAACUUCUAGCUCAAGCAUUCAAGUGUAACAGAAAGCAACAUCAGUUGUGGGCUAAUAUCACCACCAUUGUAAGUGGCAGAAACGGCUUGUUUACUAUUGGUGGCAAACGUCAAGCGGACAUAUAUUUUUCUUGCUAUUUAACAAGGAUUUGUAAAUUUGGUGUAUAUUUGAUGUCUUUUAUAUUUUCCUUUGAUUUUUAGUACAAAACUAGCAGUAGUAAGGCGCCUUGUGGAUUUUGCAUGGCCAAAGCUUACAUGAUCAAAGUUUAGUAGAAAUUUCAAAGAAAUUAUACAUGCAAAAUUGUAAGUCUUUCAUUGAACAUAAUUGCACAAUAUUAAUCGAUUUACGCGCACAUGAGUCCUUCCUUCAUACCCUUA